AUGUCACGAGCUGACAUGCUUCCAAUAUAUCAACAUAAAGAGGAGUUAUUAUCAUUAAUUCGAGAAAAUGAUGUUUCUGUAAUAGUAGGAGAAACUGGAAGUGGUAAAUCGACAUUAUUGCCGGCUUUCCUGCUUGAAGGUGGUUUUGUACAGGAGGAAAAAAAAAUGAUUGCAGUGACUCAACCAAGAAGAAUUGCUGCUAUUUCUUUGGCAGAGUAUGUUGCAAAGCUACUAAAGACCAAGGUAGGGAAUAAGGUAGGUUAUUCAGUUCGAUUUAAAACCGAGGUCUCCAAGUAUACAAAAAUCAAAUACUUAACAGAUGGAAUGCUUAUUAGGGAGUGCGUUACAAUUAAAGGAGAUAGAAGUCCUUUUGAAAGUUACUCUGUAAUCAUUGUAGAUGAGGCUCAUGAGAGGUCAAUUCGUACUGAUUUUCUUUUGGGGCUUCUUAAAAUGGAACUGUUCAAUGGAAGCAAAUUAAAGGUUGUAAUCAUGUCAGCAACUUUUCAAAGUUCUUGUUUUGAAAACUUUUUUGCCUCUACCGGUUCUCAUUCUCACAGUCUCUCUCCUUCAAAGCUUAAGAUUGGUAGUUAUUCUGUUCCUGGAAGGCAGUUUCCUGUACAAUUAAAUUACUUAUCAGAACCUGAAUUAGAUUACUUGGAAGCAGUCAUGAUUACAAUAUUAACCAUUCACUUUACAAAGCCAAAAGGAGGUGAUAUUCUAGUAUUUUUACCUGGUCAGGAAGAUAUCCACCAUUUAUAUUUAAACUUAACAACUAUUUCAAAAAAGAUUGAGACUUUGUUUGAACAAGAAGGAGAAAUCACUUUUUAUUUAGGUAAACAAAGAUUUGAAAAUAUUGAGAGGAUUCGCUUAUUUAUUCAGUGCCUUUAUGCAUCAAUGCCUUCCGAGCAACAAAGUAAGGUAUUUGAUGUUCUCCCUGAAAAUUACAGAAAAAUCAUCCUAUCAACUAAUAUUGCAGAAACAUCUGUGACUUUACCAAACAUAGUUUAUGUUGUAGAUUCUGGCCUAGAAAAACUCAAGUUUUUUCAAAGUAAUAAUAACAUUGACGCUUUAGUUAUGAGAGAAAUCUCCAAGGCUUCCUCAAUACAAAGGGCUGGGAGAGCUGGACGGCUUCAACCAGGAGAAGUUUAUCGUAUCUACACAAAGCAGGCCUAUUCAGAUUUUCUUAAUUCUCAAACUCCAGAGAUACUAAGAACUAGUCUAUCCGAGACUUUACUCGAGCUUAUUUAUGUUCUUGAUAACUAUAAUAUUUCUAGAAAAAAAGAAGUAAAUCCUGAAUUUGAAACUUUAACUAAUUCAUCUAAUGAAGACCAUAUUCUACUUAAUGAUCAACAACAAGUUUCUGUGAAAAAGAUUCUGAAUUUUCCAUUUCUAAGUUAUCCAAGUAAAGAGUCUAUCCUUUCUACUCUCAAGUUUCUUUACAGAUUAGAAGCUUUAAACAAGAGUGGAAAUAUUACUGAAUUAGGUAUCAAAUUAACUAUGCUUCCUGUGCCUCCUUUCCUAGGUAAACUCAUAUACCAUAGUAUAGAGUUUGGAUGUACAAGUGAAGCAAUAACUCUAGUAUCAAUGCUUUCUGCUGAAUGUUUACUAGAUUAUUGUAAUAGUAGUAAUCAAAAAGAUCAAACAUUUGGUUCUUUAAAUGAAAAUUCAGAUCAUGUUGGCCCAAGUAAAAAGAAACUCAGAUUUACUCACAAUUCAUCAUCCAAAAGUGAUCAAUCCUACAAGAAUUAUCUUAAGUCAAUUAUGACAAAAUUUGGAGACCAUGUUGGCUUAAUUGAAACUUAUAAUACUUGGAUAUCUCUACAAAAAGAUUCAGGAAAAAUUUAUCAUGGACAAAAUAAUAUCUCUUUUAGUAACAACUAUGAACAAAUUAACUUUUGCAACUCUGUAGGCAUUUCUCAUACCAGUCUUUUAAGAGCAAGAUCUAUCAGAGAACAGCUUAUUAGUAUCACUAGAAAAAUUUUCAAUCUAAAAACCAUCAAUAGUUGCACUAUGUUUAGUACUCUUGAUUCAGAUUCUAGCUCUUUUUCUACAGAUAAUAACCAAGAACAGCAACAGGAACAACAAAAAGAAGAUAACAAGUGGACACCUUUCUACAAAUGUCUUACAAAGAGUUUCUGGCAAAAUGUUGCCAAGCUAGACCCUAGUAGUAACAAACAGUACCUCACAGAAGUCAACAGACAGCUUGUGAAUAUUCAUCCUACAAGUAGUGUUUCUCACCUUAAAGACAAACCAAAAUGGAUCAUUUUCACAGAUAUUAUUCAAACCAAAAAAACAUACAUCCGUAUUAUCUCUGCAAUUAAUCACUUAUGGCUUAAUGAUUACUGUUCCAAAUGGUUUAUUACUACCGAAACUCUUUCUAAGCAUUAG